CAGUGAUUUAAUUCAUAAUAAUCGGUUUGUGAGAUACCUGAACCCUCUAACCUCAUUUAUGCAGGGUAUUAGGUGCGUGGGGGUACCUUUUGACAGCUAAAAAUAAUCAUCCUCCACUGAUGGAAGUGAAGGAGAGGGAUUCUAUUUUGGAAUUCUGUCAUUAUUUCUUGGGGACAAGUCCAGUGGCGAGCUAUCGGUGUCUUGGAUACUUUGCAUUUUCACUCAUUUGAAUUUUACUUGGGUGGGAUAGUACUUAAUCAUUACGACCAUCACUAUCAAUAAAUAUUUAUAUUUUUACAAACGUCAUGUUUUGCAGCUCGAAUUUCGAGGUGAUAUUUGGGCAGAGGUAUACGAGGUAUAAGUCGUUGAAAAUGUCAUUUAUUUUUGUGUGGGUAGAAACGUUCCGCAUGAUUGAACUAUCACUCAACCAUUUAUUUAGUUGUUGUUGAUGAGUGCAUUAAUUUUGGACGAAUAUCCAGUUGUGAAAUUUGAACUGUCGGGUAACUUAUAUUCUGCAGAAAUAAAGUUUGCAUAAAGUGCCGCAUGUGAUAAAGGAGCCUUAUCGCGCCGAGUGACAUUAAGUAAUUAAGUUGCAAUAGCUAAUGAAAUUGGCUCCCACAUAAAAAAGCCAGUUUUUCACUUCGGAGGAUAAAUUCAAGAUAUAAUACCUGGAAAAAUGUCUCGUCACUUGAUGACAGUAUGCGUUGUCUGCGUUCUGUGUGCAUCUCACAAUCCCUGCUCCGCCCACACAACUAUUUCACCCAAUUCCCAAAGCUAUCAGGACCCAAUUAUUCCACCCCCAAGUCCCAAGUAUACAAGAAUGCACUCAAAUGGUGAUCCACGAAAUCAUCACGAGAUGAUGACACCUCCAGUGGAGGAUCGAGGAGGUUCGGCGGGUUGGCCAAGCCGUUCCAAGAAGCUCCUCCAUUCGGAGAAAAUGAAAAUGCGCUUGGAGAAACAAGAGGAGACAGUUUCGCAGGAAAUUCAUCACUUGGAGAGUCGAGAGGUCCUGCAGAGGCUCGGACACAUCCCAGGGGAUAACUCAAUGUUCUCUUCAAGAGGACAAUACUCAAAGAAUCACCCAAGAGUUUAUCACAAUGCCAGACAAAAGAGACACGUGGAGACCCAUGACAAUUACUAUCUCAAGAAGAUUUUUCAAACGUUUGGGGAUGGGCAGAGCCUCUCUAUGGAGGGCUUUGAGAAUAUGCUCAAGAAGCUUGGCCUCACCGAACUCAUCAAGAACGUCCAGAGAGACCACAGCCAACUAGGCAUUAAUGGUACAUCAGAAUCAGCAAAUAAUUCGGAGAAAAGUUCAGAGGAUCCUAACAGCAUAACCGCCAAGGAAAAGUGUCUGAGCACUCGUGACUUCCUCUUCCAUCUAUCACCAACCGCCCACCCGGCGAAAAACUUGAGUAACUUAACCCAAGACCUCUUGGAGAGAGCGUGUCCAGUACUCCUCUAUCACCUCACGAGUUCCUCCCCUCUGGAGAAUUCAGGCUGUAUAAGUUUUCCCUCGACAAUGAGCCAAAUUCCCCUCAACUCGUUACCAGAGGAUUUUGAUGACGAGCCCACGAGAAAUAUCGUUCAGGUCUGGGUAUACUCUACCAUCUCUAUUGUGAUCAUCAGCCUUUGUGGUCUGCUGGGUGUUGCAGUGAUUCCAGUAAUGGGUAAAGCCUACUACAAUCAACUGCUACAGUUUCUCGUGGCACUGGCAAUUGGUACGUUGUGUGGAGAUGCCCUGAUUCAUUUGUUGCCCCAUGCCAUGAUGUCUUCGCACUCGCACUCCCACUCCCAUUCUCACGAACUUGGAGAAAUACCCCAGGAGAUUGACCACGAGAGCUUGCACAAUUCCAACAUGUGGAAGGGCCUCACUGCCAUGAUGGGUCUCAUUCUAUUUUUCUUCACGGAGAAAGCCCUCUCGAUAGUCGCUGAGUGGCGAAAGUACAGACAGAGAAGAAACAAACCUCCAUCGAGGGUAAGGGUGAUGAGAGAGUCCGAGGGGCCUAAUACUGUUGGUGAGAAACUGUGCAAGCACAAGUACUCGUCUUAUCCAUAUUGCUAUGGGGAGAUCACCACCAAGGACAAUCAUCACGAGCAUGAGCACAAUGAUAAGGAGAGAAGUGGAGGAGGGGAGGAGAUCAAACCUCUCAAUGAGGUAUCUUCAAAUUCUGUGGAAAAGGAUGAGGGGGAGAAGAGGGAAGAGUGGAGGCUUGAGGAGGGAGGAGUAAAAAAGGGUGAGGAGGCAGGUGGUGAGGGGGAUGGAUACACUGUUAUUAUAAGGGAGCACGAGAAUAAACAUCAUGGACAUACUCAUUCGCAUGGUCAUGUGCAUGCAGCUCCCGAGUCCAUGUCAAGCGUUGCCUGGAUGGUAAUAAUGGGUGAUGGCCUUCACAAUUUCACUGAUGGAAUGGCCAUUGGAGCAGCAUUCGCUGCCAACAUUGCUGGGGGCUUUUCAACAGCAAUAGCAGUAUUCUGUCACGAAUUACCUCAUGAACUCGGUGAUUUUGCGGUGCUACUUAAGGCUGGAAUGUCAGCGAAACAGGCCGUUUUUUAUAACUUACUAUCAUCGGUACUUUGUUUAUUUGGAAUGAUUUUCGGGGUACUUCUUGGGGCGCAACCUGCGUCAACCAGCUGGGUUUUUGCCGCUGCUGCUGGCAUGUUUAUUUACAUUGCACUUGUGGAUAUGAUUCCAGAAUUGUCAUCAGGACACACUGCAGAAGGUGGAUCAAACUGGCAAUGCGUUCUCCAAGGACUUGGGCUAAUUACAGGCCUUGGGAUAAUGCUUGUAAUAGCCCUAUACGAACACGAUCUCCAAAAUAUUUUCAGUGAUUAAGUCAAAAAAAUUGGAGAAGA